UCUAAGAAGAGUUUGAACUGAAGUGGGGUUCUCUUUUUAAGGGUCUUUAUCCACGUUCCCCCUAAAGACGCAGCAUCAGCAACAUGAGGUUUUCUAGGCGCAGAGUAUUGAGCAGUUUCCAUGACAUCAAUAACUUCAAAUCCCCCAUGGUUAGACCUUACGUCCGGUCCAAAAUUCCCAGAUUAAGAUGGACUCCUGAUCUUCAUCGCUGCUUUGUUCAUGCAGUUGAACGCCUAGGUGGAGAAGACAGAGCUACACCAAAGAUGGUAUUACAGAUAAUGAAUGUGAAUGGUCUCACCAUAUCUCACGUGAAAAGCCAUCUACAGGUUUGCCAUGGACAGAUGUACAGGAGCACAAAGCAGGAGCAAGUAACACCACAAGCAAAUAACCUCAACAAUGAUCAGGCUCCGGGAUAUCAACUUUCAGACCAGCUCGUUGGAUGUCGCUUCACCGAUGAUCAUGAACUCGGCCGGAAAGAGAAUCAAGAGAUGUGGAAUGAACAAAGACCCCGUUAUAAAGAGAAGAAACCAAAUUCUUACCUCAUCUUCAAUGACAUAAUCAAACGGUGCACUGUUCAAGAGCAAGAUUGUUUUGGGAGUUUCAAGAGCAAUAAUCAAGGGUUGAAAAAGUCGGAUCAUAACACUGUAGAGAGGGUUGGUGGUGAAACAACAAUGUCUCUGUGUCUGAGCCUACGGUCUUUCCAGCCGUUGAUACUGAGUAAGGCUGGGAGUUCUGAUGUCAAUGAGGUUUCUCUUGAGCUUAGUCUUGCUUGAAGUUCAACACUUCAAUUCAAAUAAAAUGGUCGCAGGUUCUUAACA